GAUAUCUUCAGCCCCUCACGCUCCAUAUCUUCUCCCUCACAUCUCCAUACCCUCAAAUCUGUAUACCCUCACACUCCUCUACCUGCCCAUUACCACCACCAUAACCGCCACCACAAUGGCCGACCCCAACUCCCUCCCCCUCUCCCGCGCCUCCGUCCUCUCCGCCCACACCCUCAUCAAGCCCUACAUCCACCGCACCCCCGUGCUCACCUCCACCUACAUCUCCCAGCUCGCCUCCACCCCCCGCACCGCCGCCGAGCUCGAAGGCACUCCCUGGGCGGGGCAAACGCCCGCGAGCCCCAAGAUCAGAUUCUGGUUCAAGUGCGAGAAUUUCCAGAAGGUCGGCGCGUUCAAGGCGAGAGGCGCGUUUCAUGCGCUGCUGAGGUUGGUGGAGAGUGAAGGGUGGGAGGAAGGGGGAGGGAGGGAGAGGGGGGUGGUUACGCAUAGUAGUGGCAACCACGCCCAAGCCGUCUCCCUCGCCUCCGCAACCCUCAAAAUCCCCUCCCACAUCGUCAUGCCCCGCAUCAGCACCCCCGCCAAAAUCGCCGCCACCCAAUCCUACGGCGCCAGCGUCCUCUUCAGCGGUUCCACAGCCCCCGAGCGCGAAGCCGUCGUCGCGGACGUCAUCAAGGACACCGGCGCGACCCUGAUCCCUCCCUACGACCACCCGCAUGUGAUGCUUGGACAGGGGACAGCGGGGUUGGAGUUGCAGGAGCAGGUGCUGGAGGCGCAGAAGGAGGUUGAGGUGGGGAUGGGGAGGAAGGGGUUGAAUGCUAUUAUUGCGCCGUGUGGAGGAGGGGGGUUGCUGAGUGGUACGGCGCUGAGUGCGCAGGGGACGGGGAUUGUGGUGUUUGGUGCCGAACCGGAGUUUGAGGGCGCGGAUGACUGUAAGAGGGGUCUGGAGGCGGGGAAGAGAAUUGAGGUGGUGAAAUCACUUACUAUAGGUGAUGGACUGAGAACACCGGUGGGAGUAUGGCCGUGGAAGGUGAUUAGUGAUAAGAAGUUGGUCAGGGGAGUGUAUAGUGUGACUGAGGAGCAGAUUAAGGCUACGCUGCGCUUGGUGCUGGAGAGGAUGAAGGUGGUUGUUGAGCCAAGUUCGGUGGUGGGGCUGGCGGUUGCGUUGUGGAAUGAGGAUUUCAGGAGGGUCGUGGAGGCGGAGCAAGGGGGAGAGGAGUGGGAUUUGGGGGUUGUGUUUACGGGGGGUAAUGUGAAUCUUGAGGGAUUGGGGAAGUUAUUUGAGGCGAAGUAAGGGGAGGAGGGAAGUGUAUCUCACAUAUUUGUAUUUGGCGAUUGGGUGUUAUUAUAUUCGUUGUACCGAUGGUAUAUCUAGAAUAAUAUUACUUGUGGGAUUUGUAUGUCUCAAGUGCAUAUGCAUUCUCAAAAACCCUUCGCUAUUUGUCAUCCCCCCAGUAGAGUAUAACUUUUCUUUCUUUAUCCCGUGUUAUAAACCACCCUGAUCAAGCCUCGUGGUGGUUUGGAGGGAAUUGUGUAAAAUAAAGCAGUUUUUAGCAGUUAUAAGAAAUAUAUAAAUAUUUAUUUAUUCG